AUGGCCGUAUCAUUCUACUAUUUAGCUGAGCACGUGGAUGUGUUCAUUAAGCCGCUUCACCUCCCGCGCGAAUUUCGCGCGCCCGCGAAUUCUACGCAGGUCCUUUGGUGUCCAGUAGAUAGCGAACCAACAGUGUCCUUUACUGUUAACGUUUGGCCUCCUGUGAAACUGCCUUUGAGCGCUGUUGUUGCAUUUAACACCAUGAAAAGGAUACCUUGGUGCUUCUUUCUCCUAGGGCGGUGGAAUCCGGAAGAGACCCGAGGUGCAGUCGAAAUUUUUUCACGCUAUUGCGGAAAGAGAGGCGCCCCUCAGCUGGUUCUGGACGUCGGUAGCCACGUGGGAUACUACAGCUUGCUCGCUGCAGCCUUUGGCUGCAAAGCUUUCGCUUUCGAUGGUAACAAAGAAGUCCUGGCAUAUUUGAACAUGUCAAUUGCCCUGAAUGAUUUUUCGAACCGCGUCCGAGUUUUUGAGGGGAUUGUAUCGAAGGCCGCGGACGUCCAGUUCGACGGAUGGAGAGCUCGCCCCAAGAACGUUUCGAAUGCACCACCCGUUCCGUUGCACGCCGCGACCAAGGCGGUGGUGCUCGACGACGUCGUCCGCCAGCCCGUACUGUACGUCAAGGCGAGUAACUGUCACCAUUUUGCAAUCGGCUUGCUGGUAGAUGUUGGGGGGUGGGAGCCGGCUGCCUUCUUGUCAGGAAGGCGGAUAUUCACGAAAGAGUCUCCCCUGUACGUCUUUUUCGAGAUGACCUACUACCAUUUGGGAACGUGGAAGUACGAGUACCUGGAGGUUAUGCAGAUGCUGAAGGCUGCAGGAUACAUGUGCAAGUCGUCCAUUCUGCAAACGGUCAUAACGCUGCCCGAGACGAAGUCACAGUUUGACGACUUGCUCAGGGAUUAUUCCAGCCAUUGUGAUCCCACGAAGGUACUCUACUGUCAGGACGAGUUCCUUUGCGUGCACCCCUCGGCCAAAUUUAACCUUAUCGCUUCGAAGCCAAUGCGCUGA